AAAACAACCUUUAAGAGGCUAUGAAAGACUUCAAACUGGAGCAGAGGUUUACCUUCAAACUAUAUUCAAAUGAUUGAGACUUCAGCGCGUAAAUUCUCAGCAGACUCGACGAUACCAUCAGACUCUUGUCUGCUUCUCCAAAUUGAGGUUGUUUUGCAGCUGUGCCCUACUCUUUCUAUCUUCCUACAGAUCUCUAUGAGAUCUUCAAAGCGUGGUUUAUCAUUGGCCUGCCUUGAAUUGCUCCGAAACUUUGUCUCUUACCUUUUUGCUGCGAUCCUUAAUCUUCAUGAUGUUUCUUCACUAAUGUUCUCUAACAAACCUUUGAGGCCUUCACAGAACAGCUAAACUCAUACAGAGAAUACAUUACAAACAAGUGGACUCUACUAACCAGAUGACGACUGAAAGGUAAUCUCAUCCAAGUGUAAAAGAGUAAAGAAAUGUUUUAAAUAACCCGCUUUUUAGAAUGAUAUUUUAAGCUAUUUCAUUGUCUCAGAUGCUGUAACAAUGCAAAUAGAGAUCAUUUAUUAGAGACGACUCGUCUUUUCUGUGGAGAGAAAUACCAACAGUGGCCGCCACUUGUUGCAACGUCAGACUCCAUCUCUCUCCUAUCUCCCCGUACAGCAGGAGGAGGGAGGGAGAAGUGGGGGACUCCGUCACAUCCUCUGUCCACAUAUGGGCAUGAAGUUUACACGCAGCGGGGAAUCCUCUCACUGGAGCCGAUGAAUGGGGAGGAGGGUCCGAGGGAGCUGCCAAAGUGUAUAUAAGGAGGGAAAGGGGAAGUCGCUGAUGUGAAACCCACAGCAAGCAAAUACCGAGGACCGGAGACGAAACGGAAUACCUUUAAUUGAAUUUCUUUUUUAUUCUCACUGCUUUGGAUCAUUUGUUUUAAAAGCCAUUUAAAAGGUGGGUGGAUAUAAAACGGUGAUCUACAUUAUUUCUUCCCCCCAUUCCUCUUCUUUUUGUUAUUUUUUAUUUUUAUUUUUUUUACCUUUUCUUCCCUGGGAGAGACGGACUUCUCAAGUGCAUCAUUAUGUUGAACAAUAUGGAUUUGAACGCGAAAGAUUCUUUUUAUCCUCAAUUUGAGAAUUGCAACAGUUCUUCCCUGGGAAUGGAAAACAGCGUGAGGAAAGACAGUAACCAGGAGGUGUUCGUCGAUGCAGAACGGGGGGUACCUGCCCAGUUUGGCCACGAAGGAACCCCUGCAACCCUAAAAACUGAGGCUUCCAACUCGGAGUACGCUUUCAACCACUGCGAGUGCCCAAAAGACGCAUACACCUCCUCCUCCUCCACCUCCUCGCUCGCCUACUCCGGCAGCUUCUAUGUUGAGGCAUCUCAGGGAGCGCCCUGCAGCACCGAAACACUCCUCAACAUGAUCACCGAGAUCGUGGGCAUAUCCACGCUGCCGCUCUCAGAGGCGCAACAGAACGGCAACUGCAGCCGGGGGACCUACCCCUCGCCUGGGCCUCCGGAAAACAGCUCCGGCGGCUUCGGAGACUCGAAGAGGCAGCCGUACACCUGUUCUGGACCCGAUCCAGACCAAACCCCGCAAGACGGCCAGGCCCACCAAGACCCGUCCACCUCCCAGUUCGGCUUUCAGAAGAAGCCAGAACCAAAGUCGGAAGCCGCUUCCUUCCCCGUUGUGGUUAAGAAUGAGUUUGAAAGCAGCUGCUAUGAGUGGGGGAGCUUUAACAAUAAGUCUGACUGUUUGGAGACCACUUUCCACACAGAAACAUUCCCCAUGUCCAAUGACUUCCCGCCUGAUCAGCAGAUGGACGUCAAGGACCUCUUGGAGACCUUUCCCCCAAUUUGCCCCAAUCCAGACAUGGAGUUUAAAGUGGAGGGGGGCAUCAAGCAGGAGCCCUGUUUCUCUGACACCUGUUCUCAGAGUUACUCCAGCUCCCUUUACAAUAAUUACCUUCCACCUCCACCAACUAUGGGCCUGAAGCCCUUCCCAGAGCCUCCACAGCCAUCAAACCAGUGCGACCCUCUCUACACAUCUCCAGCCUUACCCAGCACCAUAGACUCCAUCCUGUACUCCUCCCUGCUGCCGGACUCGUUCCCGCAAACUUACACCAACCGCACGGCGAAGCCCCCCGGCAGCAGGGCGAGGAAGAGCCCCGCGGCCUCCUCCCACGGCCCGGCCAAGGAGAAGCCCUUCACCUGCCCCAUGGAGAGCUGUGACCGGCGCUUCUCCCGUUCCGACGAGCUCAACCGGCACAUCCGCAUCCACACGGGCCACAAGCCAUUCCAGUGCCGCAUCUGUCUGCGCAGCUUUAGCCGGAGCGAUCACCUCACGACCCACACCAGGACUCACACCGGGGAGAAACCCUUUUCCUGCGACGUGUGCGGCAAGAGGUUCGCCCGCAGCGACGAGAGGAAGCGGCACGGACGCGUUCACCUGAAGCAGAAGGAGAAAAUGGAAAUAAAGCCGCAGGUGACCGCCGGGGCAUGGCCGUUCAGUCUUCCUGAGGGGAUAUGAAAGUUGCGCCCCCCCCCACACCCCCUUGUUCCUUUUGUUUUUUCGGGGGGAAUAAGAUGUUGAAAGAAGAAGCCAGCCUGAGUCGGUUUUGCUUUGCAAAUCAGUCUGCAACCUCAGAGGUUUUUUAAAGAGGAGCAGAGAGGAGGAAAAGAGCCUUACAGUAUGUUGCUGCUGACUUUCUGCAGCCAUGCCAAAGCUGCACAGGUCGGCAGCAGACCAACAGAGACUUGUUGCUUCAACUUUCAGAGGUGCCAAAGCCUCUGUGCUCUGCACUGCAUGGCUGGCCUGUUUCAGCACCUCUUGAAUCUGGACAGCUCCAGCCUCCAUUUGCCUCAGAGCCAUGGUUGGAUUGCACUUAACAGAUUAUAAAUCAUGACUAUCUCCAUUUACAGAUUCCUUAUUUUCUGCUUUUAGCAUUCGUAGAGCAAUGAUUUUAACCUAUGUUUACUUCAAAAACAAAAUGCAUGUUUGUUUCAAUGUUUUCUUUCCCUUGACUGGAAUGUCAGCCACUCUCAGCCCCUCACAUAUUGCAGUAAAGUGAAGGGGUUUUUUUGUUUUGUUUUUGUUAUGAUUUUUUUUUAACAUGAAUGUAUGGUUUUGACCAUGAAGCUGUUCAUCUUUGAUCAGUUUAGUGUUUUUAUCUUAUUCUUAUCAUUUUACCGUCAAUGUUUUUUUUGUCACUGGUCUUUGUGUUGUGUUACAAUUGUUUGGAUUAUUACAGUUGUGAAAGAUAUAUCAUAAAUGGGAAAUAAAUAUAUUUGUAUCACUGUACCUCUUUGUAUUUUUAUAGAUUAAGUGUAUAUUUGACAAUUAAUCCUAAGGUGAAAUGUAUUCUCAAUCAUAAAUAAUGUCUUGAUUUUUUUCUUCUCUCUCUUUCGUUUUUGGAGGGCUAUUAUUUAGUAACAAUAUUUUAAAUGUUACAAUUUGAUAUGAGAAAAACCCUUUUCACACAUCAUUCUUUUAUUGGUAAGAUAGAGAGCGCUGUCUCACUGAAUUGUUGAUCUUGAUUUUAAAUGCGGAUAUGUACUUCAGUAAAUAAGGCGUGUUUACAGUUUGUACAGAAUUAUGUUCAGGCAAGCUAGAAGUUUCUAGCAAACCACAUAAACAUUGCUUUUGAGUAAUCCGGUAGCACACAUUGCUGCGAGUCUUUGUUAGACUGUAGAAUAAAGGGUUUUUGACUUCUGGUAUCUUUUGCUGAAGGUUUUGCUGAAAUGUUCACUUUAGCAAAAAAAAAAAAAAAAAAAAAAGAAAAAAGAAAAAAAAGGAGGGAAAAAAGCACAUACAAUAAAAAUGUUGAAGCGUUUGGUGAAAUUGUCACCAACAGGUUAUUGCAAAAACAAGUAAUUUAACUCGCCUUAAGUUAUAUUAACUGUUCAAGAAAAGAUUUUGUACAUAGAUGAUUUCUACAAUAUAUUACAUUAAUAUCGAUGUUGUUAUUUUUAUUAAAAGUUUAUGAAUAAAAUAAAAAAAAAAUUCUGGAAG